CGACCAACCGGAGAGAGAAGAGAGAGACGCGGAGCGGCCGCGCGAGAAACAGAGAGGGAGAGCAGCGAUGACGUGGAGCUCGGACUCCGACCGCGACGAGCCCGUCGUCACCGCCACGGCCUCUUGCCCAUCCUCGCCCGCCGCGCAGGCGCAGCAGCAGCCGCCCUCGACGCCGCCGCAGCCCCCUCGCCGGCGGCGCCACCAACGCGCCAGGCGCCGGGCCAACCGCCGCGCCCGGAGCGCGGUCGAGGAGCACGAGCAGGAGCAGCCUGCGGAGGUGGAGGCGGAGGACGUGUGGCGCCGGCUGCAGCUGCAGCGGGAGGCGCCGUCCUGGCCGCGGCGGGCGGCGCGGCCCGUGGUGGUGGCCGGCGAGGUGGAGGGCGGGUCCCCCGACGCGGCGCUUUCGAGGGAGGGGAGCGGCGUGGGGAGGGCGCGGAGCCUCACCGACGACGACCUGGAGGAGCUCAAGGGGUGCGUGGAUCUGGGCUUCGGCUUCAGCUACCACGAGAUCCCCGAGCUCUGCGGCACGCUCCCCGCGCUGGAGCUCUGCUACUCCAUGAGCCAGCGUUUCCUCGACGAGCACCAGCAGCCGGGGAAGCCCGAGGAGGCGUCGGCGCCGGCGCUCGCUCCGGCCUCGCCGGCGCAGCCCGUCGCCACCAACUGGAAGAUCUCCAGCCCUGGGGACAGCCCGGACGAGGUGAAGGCGAGGCUCAAGUACUGGGCGCAGGCGGUGGCGUGCACCGUGAGGCUCUGCAGCUGAUCAAUGGCGUCGCCACGAAUCUUUCAAAACAAACACCGGAAAGAACAGCGAAGAACACAAUGAAUUCAUUCAACUAAAUACAGGGCAUCUGCUGAAACUACAGGAAUCGCGGCACCGGGAUGAUCCAUAUCAUCAACAAGCACAAAAGGGAAUGAUAUGCUAACAAUCAAGUCGCCUGCAAACGUCAUCGAAUCGAAUCUCCAUCGUCACGACGACAAUUCAUCAGAAGCACACAAGUUGCCAAAUCACAAAUCUUGCCGUCCGAAAUUUUGCCAAAUUACGCGGGGAAAAGAGGGCCGAGUCCCGUUCCCCAGCCAUAAUUUUUGCCCAUGUAAAACGCCACCUGUAAAAUACUCCACUAUAUUCAUGAACCUCGAUUCAGACAAAAGAAAAUAAUCGCAUCAUUCCAGGCCGAGCUGUGCCGUCUUUGAUUUUGA